UGAAUAGAGAAGUCUUAAUGACUGGAAAGUGUUCAUUUUCGAGGGGUACUCGUCUCGCGAAGACAAUUUCACCACUGACAGAUUUUUCAACAAAAAUUAACAGGAAGGGGCUGAAUUAUGUAAAUUUAGCAGCAAGGCAUGACGAUGACCCUACGUACAGCUGUACAAUGCCGAAGAAGCAACGAAGCUGUUGCGUUGUAGGAUGCGUAGUGGAAAAGGGUCAUGCGUUAUACGCCUUUCCUCGACGCGGAGAGGCUAGAAAUAGUUGGGCCCUGGCUUGCAACGUGCAACCAGCCGAUACUGACAGGCUAUAUGUUUGUUUUUUUAUUUAUAUAUUUUACAGGUAUUUUCCGUUUCAGGUUUUUUCUAUUUUUUAGUCUAUUUUACAGGUUUCUUUUUUAUUUUUUCUUCUCUUUCAGCUAGCACCCGAGCCUAGAUUUUUAAAGCACUACAAUUUUUUCUUAAUCAUGAUGGAUUGAGAGUAGUGUUUUAAAAAUCAGGUAAAUCGCAAUGACUUAAUCGAUGUCAAUAUCGAAGUCGUGUGAGAAAUUGUUAUAGUGUGAGAACAAUUUCGUAAUUCGUGCUUUCAAAAUUUUAUAUUUUUUUUUUUUUCAUUUCAGGAA